AUGACCAAGGUCCAACGUCGUAAAGUUAAAUGGCAGAACCGGUAUAGCGUUGAUGUUCUUCCACUAUCGCUCAUCGAGGAUGAAAUGGCGGAGCGGACGUGUCCCGAGUAUCGAGACCUGUCCUUGGUCACCAUCUCCGCCCUGACUGAGACUGGACAAGCAGAAUCGUCCAUUCAAGUUCCAAACCAGCGCGCUUUCACUGGUAGAGUGCCUGUCAUAUCAUCCUCUCUCGCCGAUAUUCCCUGUGCCGACCUUGGCAUUGAAGGACUCUUAGAAAUGCUCAAUACCACCCUCGGAACGUCCUACACUCUUGACCGCCCGUCUAUAUGCUCCCGUCUCUUAGGGAAACUCUGCUUCACCCUCAGAAUACCACACGCCCUAUCCUUACGCUCUGUUCUCAAAUCCUGCAUCGCCAAAAACUAUGACUUGGGCACCGCAUAUGCCCAUCUCCGCCCAACCUUGACCGCCGCUCAAGAAAUGCUACUACACUCACGUGAAGAGCGGGACAGGGAGAUGCGACGAACUGUGCUGGUCAAGAAAUCGAUCAUAUGCCGUUCGGUGCCUCCCCGACGCCUCUGGGAUCUCUACAGUAAUCGUGUAGUGCCAGAGUGGGUAGUCCCCAACUGGGGGAAGCUAUGGGCAAUAUCACACGCUUGGGUGGAUGAACACGACCGGGGCGGUGUUUGGACACCUAUCAAUGGAUACGAAUGGCCCGUACCCAUCCCAAAAGACGCCGACCUGAACCACAUCCAAAUUGAAAUGUUGAAUCUGGGAGCAGAGUAUGUACGGUUAGAUGUUCUCUGUUUGAGGCAGAGUGAGGAGGGUGGGCCAAACGAAGAUCUGCGCAGGGACGAGUGGAAGCUGGACAUACCAACCAUUGGAUAUGUCUAUCGCAUGGCUGAAAGGGUACCGUGUUACUUCAAUGGGUUGGGGCGACCCUUGAGUGUCAGCGCAAGGAACAUGGACGGUGACCGUUCUUGGUUUAGACGUGCAUGGACGCUACAGGAGGUUAGCAAUCAUCCUAUAAUCAGCGGUAAAACGGGUGAUAAGGGGGAUAUGGAUGAAGACGUUAAGGAGAGGUUCCACAAAGAACUGGCAGCUUUGAAACGUGUCAGACGACAUGCGCUGGACAGCAGCAUCCAGGUGUUUGAUUUGCUUCGGCACAUGCAGAAUCGAGUAUCGACCAAUCCCGUGGAUAAAGUGGCAGGGCUGGCAUAUACCCUGCCCUCGGGGUCGAUACCGGCGUACUCCGAGAUGCAGUCUGUUGAAGAAGCUUGGACGGCACUGAUAAACGUAAUGUACGACGGGUAUCGGGGGGAUAUAUUCUUUCUCUAUCCUGAGCCUGGGGGUGGAAACAGCAAAUGGAGACCGACAUGGCAGCAGGUCAUGACUGAUAAGCUCCCGUUAACGGAUGGCCUUCGAUUGUGGGAGGAAGUUCAUUUGGAUACGAUCAGGGAUGCAGAUUGGUAUGUUGGUCUGUGCAUAGACAGGUGCUAUGUGCGAGGAUUGGCUAUGGAAGACCUAGGAGGAGAAAUAAGACUUGCCGAGCUGAGUGUUGAAGAUUGCACCGGAACAAGACACACAUUCAAAAUCGUGGCUACCUAUCAGUAUGCAAUACCGGAAGACUGGUAUACAGUGAUCGGGAGCCAGGAUGCAGAAGAAUGCGGGAUGUACUGGGCAGUCGGACGCCGACGGCACAGGAAAUUCGAGAAGGUGUCAGUGUUCAGAAUGACCGAUAGCCGAGAAAGAGAGAGGCUGAAGAAUUUGGAAUUCGCAAAGAAGCUGGUUAAAAAUUAUCUCGUGUAA